CAGAGACAGACGAUCCCACCAGAGGAGCACAAAGAGUUAAGUGAGAUGGAAGCCACAGCCAAUCAAGGCCAACCCAUCUCUGACAGAAGAGCUGUAAAAGGAGGGGAUUUCUUCCAUAGUGCUCCCCGCUCUCUUCUCGGCUUCUCACAUCACAGACCAACUGCUGCAUGGUCUCUUUAACCUGAUGAUGUCCACUAAGCCUCAAGGAGAAUGACUGGAGACGGGAGAUAAUUUAUGAAUGUCAAGAGCCCCCAAAGCUCAAGAAGAUCCCCUGAAACAGGCCCAAGAACACAACGAGCCCUGAUGGGACACCAGUCCUUAACUUUAGGAUACGAGUUCCUUCAGUGCAACCUGAGGAGGAGACGAGAUCUGAUGUUAAUUAAAUGUCCUGUUUAAGUCGACAGCUGAGAAGACGUCAUGUUGUCUGCACAGGGAAUUGGUGUCUUUGCUCUUUUCCACAGUGUCAUAAUUGUGACUGCACUGAUAGACUCUGAUGACGUCAUCACACGAGAUGAGCAGAUCUACGUUCUGAUUGGUGCUCACGCCAAGUGUGAGAGGAGCAUCCAGGCACAAAUGGCCCUGGUUAACGAAGAUGACUGUAUCCCAGAGUGGGAUGGGAUCAUCUGCUGGCCACGGAGCGGAGCGGGUCAGAUGGUUUCAGUGCUCUGUCCAGAGUACAUUUACGACUUCAACCACAGAGGGCGAGCCUACCGUCAGUGUGACGCAACAGGGAGUUGGGAGCAGGUACCAAGCAUCAACCGCACUUGGGCCAACUACACAGAGUGCACCACAUACUUGACCUCCAACCACAGGAGCCAAGAGGAGAAGGUGUUUGAGAGGCUCCAUCUCAUGUACACUGUUGGCUACUCUGUUUCUCUAGCAUCACUGUUGGUGGCGGUCUCGAUCCUCUGCUAUUUCAAGCGUCUCCACUGCACACGCAAUUACAUUCACAUUCACCUCUUCACCUCCUUCAUAUGUCGAGCAAUCAGCAUUUUCGUGAAGGACGCUGUGCUCUACUCAAUAUCUGAUGACAGUAAUGCUGAGCCUGAGUUCACUGCACAGAAGCCCCACAUGGCUGGCUGUAAAGUUGCUGUUACUUUCUUCCUUUAUUUCCUGGCCACCAAUCAUUAUUGGAUCCUGGUGGAGGGGCUGUACUUACAUAGCCUCAUUUUCAUGGCCUUCCUCUCUGACAAGAACUACUUAUGGGCCCUCACCAUCAUCGGCUGGGGUGUUCCAGCUGUGUUUGUGUCUGUUUGGGUCAGUGCACGAGCAUCGCUGGCAGACACACAAUGUUGGGACAUCAGUGCAGGAAACCUGAAGUGGAUCUAUCAAGUUCCUAUUCUGGCAGCCAUUGUUGUGAAUUUCCUCCUCUUCGUCAACAUAAUACGUGUACUGGCCUCUAAACUCUGGGAAACAAACACUGGUAAACUGGACCCUCGCCAGCAAUACCGGAAGCUGCUCAAGUCCACAUUAGUCCUCAUGCCUUUGUUUGGGGUUCACUACAUGGUGUUCAUGGCUCUUCCCUACACUGAGGUCACCGGGCUGCUGUGGCAGGUGCAAAUGCAUUAUGAGAUGUUCUUCAAUUCAUCCCAGGGCUUUUUUGUGGCCUUUAUCUACUGUUUCUGCAAUGGGGAGGUGCAGGCAGAGGUAAAGAAGGCGUGGUUAAGACGCAGCCUCACGCUGGACCUGAAACAGAAAGCCAGGAUGACCAGCAGUGGCGGCGGAGGCAGCUGUUACUACGGCGGCAUGAUGUCACACACCACCACCCACAGUGUCAGCUUGUCUGCUGCCAAUCCCAGAGCGCUUUCUUUCACCGGAGGUGUGGCGGGCUCAGGAGGAACUGCUGGUGGAGGUUCAGGGGUCAGGCCGGCUCGCCACGGCACUCUUCACCCACAGACCAGCCUGCCCCGAUAUGUGUCCGGUGAUACUGAGAUGUCCGGCCCCGGAGUCUUUGCCAGGCAUGCCAGAGCCAACAAGGAAAAUAAUAACUCAAAAAGUCAGAAAGCUUCGCCAGCCCAGCCCCCUGCAGAAGAUCCAGAUAGCUCCUUAUCUCUAAAAGAGCUGGAGACCAUCUUGUGAUUGUUUUGACGUUCAGAUGAGCAUACAUGAAAUAUCGACUCAUUCAGACUAAAUUAGAUGACAGGAAUGAAUCUUUUUGAUUUGACUAAAGCAGCUGUACAAGCCUCUAUGUUUGUUGAUUUGCAUUUGUAAAUACACGACUGAGGACCUACCAAACUAGACAUUUCAAGGAAAUUUCAGAUAUUGUUUUAAUCUAGCAGCUGAACAAACUCUGUUUCCUGAAGAUCGUGUGAUAUGAACAAAAGCUCCAGAGAAGCUACCGAGCAGACCUUGUGAUGAGAUUGUUUUGUCAUCAACAAACUUUUUUUUGUGGAUGGGAUCAGAUUCCAUUGUAUAAACUAUGAGGGAAAACAAACACAUUUUCAUUUUGCGAAAUGACAGCGAAGGCCUCAAUACAUCAGGAUUGUAUGCAUGUGUCUGCGGGGGUUUGUGUUGUACUAUAAUCCCAACUCUCUGAUGUUACACAGUCUGAUGGGUUUCUUACAGAUCAUUUUAAUUUCUGUCAGUGUUCAUGAAUUGUACAAACAUUUUUAUAUGCUUUUGGUUGAUAUGAUAGAAAUGUGAACAGAUAAAUGAAGCCAAAUAAUCUGUGAAUCGGUGAUGCUGCAGAUAAUUUAAAGUUGAGGGACAGACCUAGAUGUUUAAACAGGGCAACUUCUUCGUCUCCCUCUUCACAUCUUUCUUAUUGUGUGUGUGUGUAUGUGUGUGUGCGGCUUCUUUCUAUGAAUCUACUGUAGCGAUCCUAAGUAGUCACUCUACCGAGCUAACUGUCCACAUUUGAUUGUUUCCAACAGUCAGUAGUGUCCAGACAGCAGGUUUAGACAGGUUGAACUUCUCUCUGCACUUUUGUUGCUGUCCAUGUUGUCUACUUAGUCCUAUUUAUCUGUCUGGCAGGACCCUGAGGGCUGAUGCUCCUUUUUCCGUGUGACCUCUUGCCCUCACAAUACCGUCUAGAAUCUCACACCCUCCCCUCAGGCCUCGGCUCGCAGCAAGAGGCCUGAGGGGACCUAAGCUGUUUGUAGACCUCGAGCAUGGGUGACGAACCUGCAGCACAAGCCACCAGUAUCCACAAGAUAAACAGACAGGAAAUUGUGCCUGUAAAUAUUUUAAGACUAUUUAGAAAAAGAGGUAACUGUUCUGUGUUUAAAGAUAAUUUAAUACAUGUUUUGGGUGUUUGAAUAAAGUGAAUUAAGUUAAACUGAA